ACGCAUUCUAAGCACGAUGAUGUCGUAGUGUACAAGCCUCUAUACAAAAUUUCCAGUGUCCUUGGAACGCCGAAGAUAUUCCACUCAAUUCUACCCCUCGGGUACCGGAUCGACGAGCAUAUCAAGAUGCAUGCCUCGUGCUCGUGCGCGAAGUUUGGUUGCAUGAGGAAAGCAGAGCGGAAACCCUAUUCUAUUCGCGGUACGCGAUAACUUUCCCUGAUUGUCACACGUGGGCGUUCAACACCACCUCAUAUCUGAAUGCGUUGAAUGGUUCCCCUCCCCCCUCUCUGCAGUGAGAAGAUCGUGGGGUGUGCAUGCAACGAAUGUGAUCUAAGAAUCUACUCUGAUUUGCUCCGUUGACCAGCUGAGAAGUAGAAAACUUUUUCCGGUUGCGUUAUGCUAGAAACCUUGUCAAUCCAGAUACUACAACCUCAGAGGGGAGAGGGUUUUUAAUCUCAUCUAUGAUUAAUCUAUUUGAUGGAUGCAUGCGCGAAUGCAUGGAUCUCUUUCACCGGUAAAAUAUGGGUAUGGGUGUAUCGCGACUCUCAUUCUAGUAAUUACAAUCUACCAGUGCCCGGAUGCAAUUUCCAGGAUCUACUGCGCCAUAGAAGUGGGGUCUGAAGUCCAAGCAUCUCAGCUCAUGUCAUCAGCCCUUUACUCCGUGAGGGUACGAUAGCCGACAAUCUCCGCGGUAAUGGGUACUUCCCCUCAUGUCUCAAGGGGCUUGAGGGAUUUAGAUGCCAUUAGGUAUUCACUCAUUUAGCCCUGAUUACGGAGCACGUAUAUGUGCUCGGUAUACCAGUGCGUAUUCAGGAUAAAACGUCAGCGAAUUUGUAAAUCAUGAAAGUGUGGGGGUGGGGUGUUGGUGGGGGGGAGCGUAUGUACAUUAGGGCUAACUUCUUGUUAACAAUCAGGCACAGUGGCUAGACCAUUGCACCCUGCAGCGAUUUCAGCCCUCAGGGGUAAAUGUUUCCUACAAUGUGUUCAUCUAAAUCAAAAGUCCCUCUAGGAAUCAUGGCCCGAUUAUUGUUGAACCAGGUGGUAAACCCUCAGAGCCCGGAACCGGACGAGGGUCACGGAUAGAACCUAGAGCGCCAAAACUACUCCGUAGCUAUGAAAUAUACGGAGUACACUGGGCGCCAAGUGAAUUUACGCAACAGGUUUGAAUCGAAAUCCAGCCCGCGCUAUUCUCUUUGUGUCCGAGACAUUUCCGUUUCAUCGGAGGAUCAGAGACUCUCGGCGGACGGCAAAAUAUUGAACCCCCCAAUACCUUAGUCAAUUGAUCAAGGCUGGUGACUUCAAGUGCUUGGUGAUAUGCUCGUUAUGUAUAUAACUUCUCAGGAACGUCAACUAGGGGAGUGAGGCGUUGAAAGCCGGUCAUCUAUAGUACAUAUAGAAAGAUCGAUACGAUGCCAAUCUCGGGAAUUUGUGUGGAUCGGGGACAAGGAGAGUGAACAUUCUUUGUACUCCAGUCUGAUAUUUCUCUACCCAAGGUAAGCAUCGAAUACUAGCCUUUGUCUCGGUGGCGUAAGGCUGACCAUCAUCUUGCAGAUAUCUUCAGCGGUGCUACAAUUUUCUUUCAAGAAGAGCAUGCUGACGGCUCAUAUGAACCCAGGGUAAGGCUUACAUCACUAGCACAUUAUAUAUCCUCUCUCUCUUCCUCACAAUCGGAUGGACGGAACCUAAGGGGACAUUACAGGAUGGUUGAAAGCAUCUGAUUGAAUAAUACGUAUUCUUGACUUGUGUAUUACCAGUUGUCGGUUAAUGGUUGUCUCCUUGCAUAAUUGAAGAGCCUACAAGGAAGUAAGCUUUCCCGAUUCUGUAGGUAGAGUUGGAAAAUGUGUUUUUUGUUCAAUACCUUGGGCUCUAUGCGAGUAUUCCUGCGAUACGAGUCUUUCACUGUUUCGUUACAGAGAUAUAUAUCCGGGCAGACUGGAAGUAUGGAGAUUAACACAUUCCUGUCUAUGAUUUUUUGUCCCUUGCAGAUAUCGCACAGCUUCC